GGAUGUUAGCCACCUUCGAGAAAGAAGAAGACUCGGGAAAGCGCCUCUAACCGGCACUGAGUGGGGGAAUCGGAGGGAGCGCGAGGGUCCGCUGUGGGGGAUGCCGGUUGCUUGUCCACACCUAGGAAGAUGAAUGGCUGGAUUUCAAGGAUCGUCUGCUUCUUAUUAUUAUUGAGUAGUGUUUGUACCCAGAAGAGCCAAGAUCUCCGCUGUGGAGUAUGUCGGGCUCUGGUGGAUGAGCUGGAAUGGGAAAUAUCUCGAAUAGAUCCGAAAAAAACUAUCCAAGUAGGCUCCUUCCGCAUUAAUCCUGAUGGAAGCCAGUCCAUAGUAGAGGUGCCCUAUGCCAGAUCUGAGGCUCACUUGACAGAGCUGCUGGAGAACAUCUGUGAAAACAUGAAUAACUAUGGUGAGAAGGUGGAUCCUUCAACUCACAGGAAGAAUUAUGUCAGAGUGGUCUCCUUUGAUGGGACCAAGAUGGAUCUUUCUGAAACCAAAUUUGAUGGUGAUGUGACAUCAAGCUUGAAGUUUGCAUGUGAGAAAAUAGCUGAAGAGUACGAAGACGAACUCAUAGAAUUCUUUUCCCAUGAGGUAGAAAAUGUCAAAGACCGACUGUGCAGCAAACGAACAGAUCUCUGUGACCAUGCCUUACAUCUCCCACGUGAUGAACUGUGAAGGGUAAAGGCUGACUGACCUGAUAGAAGACUUUGCCUAAUUCUUUGUAGACAACACCCCCUUUUACAAGCGUCUAUAAUUAUUGUCCCAGGAGUUAUUUUUCAAUUUUGGGGAAAGUACAAGACAUCCUAGAAACUGAAGACUGUAUCAGAGGAGAGCAAAAAAUAAUAUAUCCCAAGACAAGCUUCUUUAUAGCAUUUUAUGAAGCAAACAGAAGAUGACAGAUCCAACAUUUUGACUUUUUUAAGCACACACUAAGUAGAUUGUUUUGUAAAAGGAAAGAGAUUUUUAUCAUGAUCAAAAUCCACUUUGCAAUAGCAUUGACAUUGUUAGUGUGUUCUAAUUUUUAAAGAAAAAAAAUGCUUUGUGGCUGUAUGCAAACUGAAUUGCAGAUUGUCUCAAACAACCAGCAAUACAACUUCCACAUUCACUUCCAAAAUAGAAUUUGAGCAGAAGAAUCUUAUGAAUUAUUCUCACUUUUGAACCUAUCUUAUUGAAAGAUCUGGGGCAGGACAGCCAUUUGUAAAAGCCUUAUCUGAAUGGGAAAGAUAAAUAGAACCUAUAGAGAUGCCCUCAUUAUAAAGCCAAAGAGGGGACCAUUGUAUAGCACCUUCCUGGUCUUCAACACAACUCUGAACCAUGGUUGUGAUGGCCAUAUGGAGGCCACAUAACAUUGUUACUGUGCAGGGAUUGUUCCAUACUGUAGAUGGAAUAUUUGUAGAACGUACCCAGUUGGUUAUUACAUGGUUCAAUAUUUUUGUGUGAAGAGCUAAGUGGCCUCUAGGAAUGUUUGGCCAUAUUACAGAGAUUCUGUACAAAACAUUCAGGUCAGAUAGCAAGCCAGUCUAUAUGUGGAGUAAUAAUCUUACAACAGUCUUUUGUUUGUCUUUUAAAUUAUUACAUAAAAUGGCUGCUCCCUUGCUGUGAGAUGUGAAUGAGAUUCAGGAUUAUUAGGGGCAUCAGACACUUGGAGAAUGGGGAAGGUGUUGUACUCUUUAAAGGGCUUUUUUACAUGUUUUAUAACAGUUUCUUUGAACCCAUGUUUUCAUGAGAGGAUAAAAUACAUUCCGUGAUAGUGAGAUAAUAAAUUGAUAAUAAAUAAAUUGAAUUGGC